AUGUGGCCCGCUCGGCCCUCACUCGCUAGCCUCUGCCUUAUCCUCCUCGCCCUCGUUGCCGUCCGCGCCGUCGCCCAACCCAUCGCCCAACCCAUCGCCCAACCCAUCGCCCAACCCAUCGCACACACACCGCAACACGCCGCCCCGCCCCACUCUAUCGCUGCCCCACCCCUCCCGGAUACCACCGGGGCUCCGCUGCGUACCACUCCUCCCUCCGCUCCCGUACACGCCCCGUCCGCCUCGCACCCACCCGCCGCCCUCGAAAGCACAACCGCUUCUCCCACGCUACAAGCCCAUCCCCAGGAAACCCCCUCCCAAUCUGCCUCAGUCCCCGCCACCCAUCUACCCGCUCAUCAACCCGCCUAUCAACCCGCCUAUCAACCCGCCCAUCAACCAACUCCCGCACCUCCCUCCCCAGACUCUCGUCCCAUCCCCGCCGGACACGCUUCGCAAGAGCCUGCGCCUACGGAAGCUAUUGAUCAUGUAUUCGUCCCGCUCAAAGAAUGGAAGCAGCGUAAAUUGGAAGAUAUAGAGUUGCGCGUGCGCAAGAUUAAUGGCAUUGAUACGCCCGACGCCCAGUCUGUCUCACCCAGCCCUGCUCCGCGACAAAACAAGUCUCCCAUUGCGGAAACCUUUUCGCCAGACGGCAAGGAUGUGUGCGUAGUGCCGCAUCAUGGGUGGGAGCCGCACGUGCACUAUCCGCGAUGUGUCAUUGGUGGAGAUGGAAGACCAGCGUGGAAAGACGAUGCGAUCAUGAUGAGUGGCGCAGGUGGGGGAGAGGAGAUACAACCACAUCCGUCGGACGUCGAAGACUGCAGUAAUGCCGCGAGAAGUGCUGCUACACUGAAUGCAUUGCCGGCAGCCGUAUUGGACAACUCGAACCGCCAAUCGCUCCCGCCUCUAAAUUCAACUGUAGAAGGUCACUUGCCGUUCGGGCCAGAGAACGAAGCCACCACGGCGUCGCCCCUUGCAAAAGAAGACAAGGAGUUGCCUUCCCGCUCGGCAUUGUCUAACCAAAGCCUCAGGCGGUUAUAUGACUUGCGCAAACCUGUUGUAUUACGGGAUUACGGGCAGCCCGCCCAUGGUUUCAUGGAGAUUCCAGUUAUUGGUGACAUCAUGCGAUCAAUUCGAGAAGUAUCUAACUUGUUCUCAUCAUCGUCGACUAGCGCGAUCCCGGCGGCGUUGCUCCAAAUUGUGUCGGAAGUACCGAUUUCGCUAGGGGCGGGCGGAGAGAAUGCGAAUCAGUCGAGUGAUCGUAGGGGCGAGACGGUGAAUGGUUCUUCAACUGACGGUGACGGGCAGUCGCCGGUUAUCCCUCUGCUCGAAAAGGAGAGAGACAACUAUGAAGCUAUUGGGCAUACGUCGUCAAAAUCGCCCCCAGCAAAGUUAGGAAGUUCAGCGUCUGAGAUGACCAAGGAGGGGAAGCCCUUUAACUUUGCAUCUGCAGACGCUGGUGCUCGUAUUCUCUCAGCUUCGAAGGAAAUUGUUGGUGCCAAAAAUGUUAUUCAAGAUAGUGUGGACAAGUACUUCCUAGCUCCUUGCACGAGCAGCAUGGAAGAAUCGCGUUGGAUAGAGAUUGAGCUCUCCGAGGACAUAAUUUUGGAGAGCGUAGAGGUCGGUAAUUUCGAGUUUUAUUCUUCUUCGGCGACGAACGUCGUUGUUCUUGGGGCGGGCACCUACCCCCCUACUCAAUGGAAUCUUCUCGGAGUUUUUGGCUACACAAACGUGCGUACGCUGCAGAGUUUUCGAAUCCAGAGGAGAGUCGUGACCAGGUACCUUCGUAUUCUGUUUAUUGGGAAGCAAGGGCAAGAGUACUACUGCCCAGUUUCGACAAUUAGAGCGCUUGGCAAGAAUCUGAUUGCGGAUUGGAAAACAGUUUUCGAGAACAAAGUUGCCAAGCCCCGCGUCAUAGGGAAACAGGCUUCAGAGAAGGGAAGCGACGUCCCACCAGAGCGACCUGGGUUGCAUAGCGUGGGAGGACAUGGCGUGGGAGAAAAAAGAGACGAAGGCUCAGUACGGCAGUCCAGGGCUGGCUCAGAACCUCUUGCACGAACUGAGAAACCAGGCGAAGCAAGGGACACGCCAGGGCUUGCGGAACGGCCAAAUCAGUCGCAAGACGGAAAGCAACAUCAGGCGCACCAGGCAAAACAUUAUGACAGUGGGUCGCGCACAGAUAGCAGUGACGCCACACAGGAAGCUAAGGUGCCCGAGACGCCGAAAGACGAUGAAGCGCCCAGCGCGGUGAAGAAAGAACUUCGAGUAGAGGGCGACAGCAACUCCAACUCAGAAAAGCCUGGUAUUGAGGACGAAAAGUACGAGUUUGCUGGGGAAGCCAUGUCCGAAGAAGAUCAAGUAGUGUUGGAAGCCGUGCGAGCUGACGCUCUCUCUUCCGGCGGUGGAGACGAUAAUAUCUUUCGCAAAGUCACGCGGCUCAUUCGGAUGCUUGAGCUAAAUCAAACCUUGACCAACCAGUAUAUCGACACGCACUUGUCGAGGUUUGCCACAGCGCUGAAAUCAGUGAAAUUGGAGUCUUCAAAGUUUCAACAGCUCACUGAUUUAAAUGAUCAGCGGUUGCUUCGCGUCAUAGCUGCGAAUGAGCAGGUGAUACAAGAUUUUAGAUCCUAUUCGGUGAAGAGAGAUGCCCUACUGUGUAUCCUCAUCACUUGUGUAGCGUUCCUGCUUGGCACUCACUGGGUGCUAUGGACUGCAGUCGGUGGCACAAGACUGCACACCAUGGAAAGGGUUGUCAUGGCUGACGGUCUUCCUGAAACUUUCAGCUCUGAGACUGAUUUGGACGUACACAUGCAACCGAAUGGGGCUCUCCAGUCUGCCAUGUGCGGCAGUGGUCGUAAAGCAUACGAAGAUCUCUACCAGACGGUGUCAUUGGACUCCCAGGGCCACUCCAGAAAGACUGCUCCGGUCGACCGCCCUCGCUCGAUAUCCGCAACUGAGAUAUCGACCAUGACCCCACAUACAUUGAAUACACGUCCAUAGGACAGCAUCUGAUUAAUACUCAUUUUUAGUAAUUCCACUAACUGCACAGCUCUUCAAGUAAAUGAUACCCAAGGGUACUGUACCCCAUUGCACAACAA